CCACAUUUCGACGAGGUUUGGAACACUUGCUAACAUUACCUUACCUUCCUCCAUACUGUUUGAACAUAUCUUUUUGCCUCCAAAAAACACAAAAGAAAAAAUUUCGAACCAUCCGUUGUGUACAUGCAGUCACUCAAAUCCCUAAUUUACAAAAAACUGUACGGACAAGCUCUUAAAAUCACCACAACUUUCCCUCCAAACACAACCCUCACAAACAAAAUCUUGACCCAAAUCAUCAAAUCAAACACCCAUUUAAACCCAUUUCAAUCCGCCACUUUAAUCGCCAAUUUUACACGCGCUGGCCAUCUCUCACGCGCCACCUAUCUCCUCCGCCAUACCCAAAACCCCGAUAUCGUUGUUUUCAAUUCCCUCAUUUCAUCUCACGCUCGUCUCAAUCAACCCGACCCGGCUUUCAAGAUUGUCAAUCUUGCAAGACAUUUGGGUUUGAGCCCAGAUGAAGUUACUUUUAGUAACUUGAUAAAAUGUUGUGAUGAUUUGGAUCAAAUAAAGGUUGUUCAUUUAGCGUUUUCGAAGCUGGGUUUUGCUCAAAAUGUGUUUUUGAUAAGUGGGUUAAUUGAGAAAUAUGUUAAAUUUGGGUGUUUGGAUUCCGCCGAAAAAUGUUUUGAUGAGUGUGUGUGUUUUGAUGGUGUGAUUUGGAGUGUAAUGAUUAACGGGUAUGUUAAAAAUGGGGAAUUCGAUAAAGGGAGAGAGUGUUUUAUGAAAAUGUCGACUUUGGGGUUCGAGUUAAAUGAGUUUAGUUUGAGUAGUGUGUUGGGUGGAGUGUUUGAUGUUCAUGAAGGUGAACAGAUUCAUGGGUGGUGUAUGAAGAGAGGGUAUUUAAGUGGGUGUUCGUUGUAUCUGAAUAACGCAAUAAUGGUGAUGUAUGGGAGAUGUGGGUUUAAAAGUGGUGCAGUUAAGGUGUUUGAUGAAAUGCCUGAUAGAGAUGUUGUGUCGUGGACUGGAAGGAUUUCUGUGGCUUUUGAUUGCAUGGAAGCGUUCGAGAUGUUUAGAAAUUUUAUUUUGAGAGGUUUUUGUGAAGUAAAUGAGUAUACCUUGAUAAAUGUAUUGUCUUUCGUUGAAGGUGUUGAGAUGUUGGAAAUGGGGAAGCAGAUUCAAACGAUUGUAUGGAAGGCUGGGUAUUUGGUCGAUACUUCUGUUUGCAAUGCGUUGAUUUCCAUGUACUCGAAGACCGGCCAGAUCCAGGAUGCUAGGCAGGUGUUUGAUGACAUGGUUUGUCGAGAUUCUGUGUCUUGGAAUUCAAUGGUUAGUUCUUAUUCCCAGCAUCAUCAUUCUAAGGAAGCUAUUGAGUUAUUUUCUAGGAUGAGAAAUUCUUUGCUACAACCUAGUGAUUAUACUGUUGCUAGCAUGCUUGAAGUAUCAUCCAACUUGAAGUGGGUAAUGCAAAUGCAUUCACUUAUACUUAAACUUGGAUUUAUGUUCACCAAUUCAAUCAUCUGUCAUCUGAUUACACUUUAUGGUAAAUGCCACGGCAUCGAUAAUUCUGAAAGUGUAUUCAAUGAGAUUGAAGGAGCUGACGUGGUACAUGUGAAUGCAAUGGCGGGGGCUUAUGAUCGCUGUGGAUGUUAUAGCGAUAUCCAGAGUUUGUUCCAUAGCAGAUGGAACUCGGGACUAGACAUUGAUGUCAUAACUUUCAGCAUAGCUCUCAAAUCUUGUGGAGCAUUAUCUGACCUUCAUCAAGGCAGAUCUCUUCAUUCAUUGGCUAUUAAAAAUGCGAUUAAUGUGGAUAAGUUCGUAGAAAGUGCUAUUAUAGAUGUUUACAGUAAAUGUGGUAGUAUAGAGGAUGCAGAAGAGGCGUUUUGGAAUGCAACAAACAACAACGUAGUUGCAUGGAAUGCUAUGAUUAUGGGAUAUGCUCAGUUUGGUAGUUAUAGUAAAGCUUAUGAUUUAUUAGUUAAAAUGUCCGAGUUUGGAAUGAAACCGGAUGAAAUAACUUAUCUUGGAGUUCUUAGUUCAUGUUCUCAUGCAGGAAUGGUAAGUGCAGCAAAAUCUCAUUUGAAUUCUAUGUAUGAUCUCCAUGGAGUUAUCCCAUGUUUAGAACAUUACGCUUGUGUGGUUGAUGUCCUUGGUAAAGUUGGAAAACUAGAUGAUGCUAAGAAAAUUAUUGAUCACAUGCCCAUGAUACCUGAUGCUCGAAUAUGGCAGAUUCUUUUAUCUGCAUGCAAUAUUUAUGGCAUGUGGAAUGAUAUGAGACAGUUGAGAAGGGAAAUGAAAAAUAAAGUUGUCUGUAAAGAGGCUGGUUGUAGUUGGAUUCAGUUGAAAGGAUCGACUCAUUACUUUUUAGCUGAUGAUACAUUACAUCCUCAGAAUGUAGAAAUUUACAUCAAGCUGCAUGUCCUAAUGAAUCAGAUGCUACAACUUCCAAAAGAGCAACAUGCAAAUUCUUUUGGAACAAUAUUAUGACUUUAUACUGGUAAUACAAAAAACAGCCACGUGUUAAAUCUGCAGGUAGAUAACGAGUAAACAAGUGACUUUUGUAAUUUAUACUCUUUGCAAAUGGAGUUUUUGGUAUGUGCAUUCCAUUACAUAACUUCCAAAUGAUAUUGCAAAGAAAUUCAGAAUACAUUAUUCA